AUGACUGCUCUAGCUGUUGAAUUCUGUGAACAGCGAGCAUAUUCUCGCAUUGCUGCGCUAGCAAAAGAAAAACCACGCGGGCAAGAAGAAAGGGGAGGAGCCUUUGACAUCAUCGGUUUUGCUAGCGCACGACAAACUUAUGGACAAAAAAUUCAUAGUUCUAAAUAUUCUACUGUAGCUCUUUUGACUGAAACUAAAAAUGUACCUUUAUCAGCAUUCACUUUAGAACUGGAACAUGCAUUACAGCCUAUUGCAAGAACAUUGAGAUUAACAAGUGAUUUCAUAAUAAGAACAUUUGGAGAUACAGCAUUGGAUAGACACUUAUCAUGUGUAAAACUUUUGUUUUCUUUCCAGAAAGAACUGUCUUAUAAGAAAUUGUUAAAAACUAAAAGAAGUGUACAUUGUGAUUUUUCUAGAUUAGCACGAUUCUUAACUGGAACUUCUUAUGGUUUAGUAUUAGGAGGAGGAGGAGCAAGAGGAAUUGCUCAUAUUGGACUAAUUAAAGCAAUCUUAGAAGCUGAUAUUCCCAUAGAUAUGGUAGGUGGAGUUAGUAUGGGAGCAUUUAUAGGAGGAUUAUGGUGUCAAGAGACUGAUAUUACAUCUGUUAUACAAAAAGCAGAAGAAUGGGCAAAAAAAACAUCAUCUUGGCAAAGUUAUUUAUAUGAUAUUACUUUUCCAAGAACAGCUAUGUUUACAGGAUGUUGCUUCAAUGAAAAUUUAAAAAAAAUCUUUAAUAAUACUCAAAUAGAAGAUUUAUGGCUUCCAUAUUUUACUGUGUCAACAGACAUUACAAAUAGUUCAAUGAGAGUUCAUGAAAUUGGUAAAUACAAGAAAAUUGUGCAUGAGGUUGCUGUCGAGGAUGAAGAUGAAAUGGAAGAGUUAUAUAAUGCCAUGUUCAAAUCAGGAGAUUCUAGUGAUGAAAUAGACGAAGAGACUGACGAUCGAGAUUUUGUCAUGACUUUGGGAUGUUAUGCUGCAAUAUCAAGAAGACAGGAAAAUAAAAGAUUAUUUGCAAGAAGAUUUCAGGGGGACAUAAUGUAUAAGCGAAUGGAAGCUCAGAAUAUUUUGGCUAUUGAUGUUGGAAGUCAAAAUGAAACUGACUUCACCAAUUAUGGAGAUUCAUUAGGAAUUUUUAAAAUGCUGCCAUUAUCAUGGACAUCUAUAAAGAUUCCAAAUGUUUUUGAAAUCCAGUCCAGAUUAGCUUAUAUAUGCUGUCAAAGACAACUGGAACAUUUAAAGAAUAGUAAUUAUUGCACUUAUCUCAGACCUCCAAUAGAUUCAUAUGAUACAUUAGAUUUUGAGAAAUUUGAUGAAAUUUUUGCAUCGAAAGACAUUCGUCAUGACAUAAUCAUUGAUUUAACUCAAAUGAUAUUAAAAGUUCAACUGUCAAAACAACCUUCUGAUCGUAAGUAAACUAUGGUUAAUUCUGAAAUAUCUGAUGAUAAAUAUACACAGUCAGUUACCAAAAUUUAUUCCAAAUUUCUCUAAACCAAAGUUGAAAUCAGUUAUUCUGUAACUUUUGUUUUUUAGUAAACAUUAAAUAACAUGUUUCCUGUGGUAUAUUCCAGGUAAAAGUAUUGUUUUUUUGCCAUACAGACUAGUAACUUAUGCAAAUAUCUCCUUUGUAUUCAUUUUUUAGCUGGAAUAUAUGAAAGAUUACACAUCUAUUUCAUAGCAACCAAUUGUGUCCUGUAAACAAAAUGUUUUUCUUCCUCACCAAAGGAAAUAAAUAGAUUAGAAUGAUUUAGUUAUCAAGAAUGUCCUAAAUGGAAUGGAGAUUGGCUGGAAUUAUUCACUCAUAUGUCAACAGAACAUUUUUAAUAUUCAAUAGAAUUCCAACACAGUUUCAUCAAUACAUUUUAAAACAAUAGAUUACAAGUAUUUAUAAAGAAUUUUCUAUGUACUAGGUACUUGAA